AUGCUCCUGGACCCCAGGAAUGCAAGACCCAGGCAGAAAUCUGUCUUCCUGAGCCCCCUGAGCCACUCCUCCGGCUGUCUGAGCCUUUCCUUCCACUACAUCCUCUGGGGCCAGUCUCCUGGUGCAGCCCUACACGUCUAUGCUUCAGUCUUGGGCAGCAUCCGGAGACACUCUCUCUUCUCAGGACAACCCCGACCCAACUGGCAGCCUGUUUCUGUCAAUUACACAGGACAGGGACAGAUACAGUUCACUGUGGUGGGCGUGUUUGGAAAGAUCCCAGAGCCAGCUGUGGCGGUGGAUGACAUCAGCAUCGCUCCCUGUGGAGAGAGCUUUCCUAAGUGUGACUUUGAAGAUGAUGACCACCCCUUCUGUGACUGGACCCAGACAUCGUCGGAUGGCGGACACUGGACACGGGGACAUAGAAAUGUACGCUUUCAAAGCAUAGAUUUCCCUAAAGGGGAUCACUAUAUCUACCUCGAAACUGACAAGUUCUCCCAGGCGGGGCAGUCUGUCAGACUGGUGAGCCGGCCCUUCUGUGCCCCGGGUGACAUCUGUGUGGAGUUUGCUUACCACAUGUAUGGCCUUGGAGAAGGCACUACACUUAAGCUCCUGCUGGGCAGUCCUGCGGGUAGCACCCCGAUUUCUCUCUGGAACCGCGUUGGGUCCCAGAGCCCUUACUGGCAGAACACCUCCAUCACCAUCUCUUCAGGACAUCAGCAGCCCAUGCAGCUGAUUUUUAAGGCCAUCACAGGUAGCAGCACCGCCUUUGUUGUCGCGAUGGAUUUCAUCUUGGUCAAUCAUGGGAUUUGUCGAGAGAGCUGCCCCCCGAAUGCCCACUAUGAAUCCUGUGCUUGUCCUGCUUCCUGCAAGAACCCCAGGCCCAGCUGCGGGCUCCUCUGCCAGGGGGGCUGUGUCUGCAACCCCGGCUUUUUGUUUAGUGACAACCGCUGCAUCAAUGCCUCUUCCUGCAAUUGCUUCUACAGCAACAACUACUACAAGACUGGGGCAGAGUGGUUCAGCCCCAACUGCACAGAACGUUGCCACUGCUGGCCUGGCAGCCGGAUCGAGUGCCAGAGCUCUCAGUGUGGGGCACAUACAGUGUGCCAGCUGAAAAACGGCCAGUAUGGAUGCCACCCCUAUGGCAGUGCCACCUGCUUGGUCUAUGGAGACCCUCAUUAUGUCACCUUUGAUGGGCGGCACUUUGGCUUCAUGGGCAGAUGCACCUACAUCUUGGCCCAACCCUGUGGCAACUCAACAGAUCCAUUCUUCAGGGUGACAGCAAAGAAUGACGGAUGGGGACAGGAAGGCAUGGCCUGCCUGAACAAAGUCUACGUGACCCUGCCUGAGACGACCAUCACCCUGCUCAAGGGCAGACGCACAUUGGUUGGGGGUCAGCGAGUCACCCUCCCAGCCAUACCUUCUAAAGGCGUCUUCCUGGCUGCAAGUGGACGAUUUGUGGAGCUGCAGACAGAGUUUGGUUUGUGGGUGAGAUGGGAUGGCGACCAGCAGCUGUUUGUGAGUGUGGCCAGGACCUAUUCUAGCAAACUCUGUGGUUUAUGUGGAAACUAUGAUGGUGACAUCAACAACGACCACCUGAAGCCAGAUGGCCACCCAGCCGGAGACGAGGAGGAACUGGGGAAAAGCUGGCAGAUGGCUGAGGACGAGGACACGGAGUGCCAGGAGAACCAGACAAGUCCCCCAUCCUGUGACUCAGCCUUGCAGAACAACAUGUCGGGGCCAGGGUUCUGUGGACGGCUGGUCGACUCCCGCGGCCCAUUUGAGGCAUGCCUGCUUCACCUAAAGGCCACUUCCUUCUUUGACAACUGCAUGUUUGACAUGUGCAACUUCCAGGGGCUACGGCAGAUGCUGUGUGCCCACAUGUCAGCCAUGACCACGAGCUGCCAGGAUGCCGGCUACGCCGUGAAGCCCUGGAGGGAGCCCCAGUUCUGCCCUCUGGCCUGCCCGCCCAACAGCAAGUACUCCCCGUGUGCCAAGCCGUGCCCUGACACCUGCCAUUCAGCGUUCUCUAGCGUGUUCUGUCCAGACCGGUGCGUGGAGGCCUGCGAGUGCAACCCAGGCUUCGUGCUCAGCGGUCUUGACUGCGUCCCCCAAUCCCAGUGUGGGUGCCUCGACUCCAAUGGGAGCUACUUCAAGGUUGGGGAGAAGUGGUACAAGCCAGGCUGCAUGCAGCUCUGUGUCUGUGAAGGCAACAACAGAAUUCACUGCUACCCCUGGACAUGUAAGGCCCAGGAGACCUGUGGCCAUCAGGACGGCAUCUAUGGCUGCCAUGCCCAAGGGGCUGCCACCUGCACUGCCUCGGGAGACCCCCACUACCUGACGUUCGAUGGAGCCCUGCACCACUUCAUGGGCACCUGCACCUACGUCCUGACCAAGCUUUGCUGGUCCAGGCCCCAAGAGAACUAUUUUGUUGUGAGUACCAGCAACGAGAACCGCGGGGGGAUCCCGGAGGCCUCCUUCGUGAAAGCCGUCCAUGUGCAGGUCUUCGGCCUCCAAAUCUCGCUGCUCAAAGGCUGCAAGGUCAUGCUGAACGGCCAUCAGGUGGCCCUACCCGUGUGGCCUUUGGAAGGCCAGGUGACCCUGAGGUUCAGUGGCUCCUUUGUUGUCCUCUACACAAACUUUGGGCUCCGAGUUCGCUAUGACGGGGUCCACUUGGUGGAAGUGACAGUGCCCUCGUCCUACGCGGGCCAGCUCUGUGGGCUGUGUGGGAACUACAACAACAACAGCUUGGACGACAACCUGCGCCCAGACAGGAAGCCCGCAGGAAAUUCCAUCCAGCUGGGGGCCUCCUGGAAGCUGUCUGACUCCUCUGAACCUGGCUGCUUCCUCAUGGGGGGCAGCCCCUCCGGCUGCCAAGAGGGCAAAAUGGCAGACAUCUGGAAUAAGAAUUGUGCCAUCUUAAUGGACCCUCAGGGAUCCUUUUCUCAGUGCCACCAGGUGGUGCCCCCGCAGGCCAGCUUCGCCAGCUGCGUGCAUGGCCAGUGUGGGACCAAGGGCGACACCACGGCCCUGUGCCACUCCCUGCAGGCCUAUGCAUCCCUGUGCGCCCAGGCCGGCCAGGCCCCUGUCUGGCGGAACAGCACCUUCUGCCCUCUGAAGUGCCCACCUGGCAGCAGCUACAGCCCCUGUGCCAGACCCUGCCCAGCCACCUGCCUCAGCCUGGUUGCCCCGAGGGACUGCCCAGCCUCGCUACCCUGUGCUGAGGGCUGUGAAUGCCAGAAAGGCCACAUCCUGAGUGGAACCUCCUGCGUGCCCUUCAGCCAGUGUGGCUGCGUUGACUCGGAGGGCUCCUACCACCUGGUGGGGGAGAGCUGGUACACGGAGAACACCUGCUCCAGGCUCUGCACCUGCUCCAUCCACAACAAUAUCACCUGCCUCCAAACCACCUGCAAACCCAACCAGAUGUGCUGGCCGCUGGAUGGGGUGCUCCGCUGCCGGGCCUCAGGUAUGGGAGUGUGCCGGGUCUCAGGGGAAGCCCAGUACGUGAGCUUCGAUGGCAGUAAACACUCUAUCUGGGGCACCUGCACGCACGUCCUGAUGAAAGUGUGCCACCCCAACAUGAACGUGCCCUUCUUCAAGAUCAGUGCCAAGAACAAGGAGCUGGUAGGCAGACCUGAGGCUUUCCACCUUCACCAGGUCUACAUUGACAUCUACGAUUCCCAGAUCACCCUGCAAAAGGACCACCAUGUGCUGAUCAAUGGCCAACAGGUCACCCUUCCUGAGAGCUCUCAGAUCCCAGGGGUCAGCAUCACUUCCCGUGGCAUCCACACCAUUGUCAACAUUAAGUUUGGAGCACGAGUCACGUUUGAUGGCAGUCAUCUUUUAGAGAUUGAAAUCCCUGAAGCCUAUUACGGAAAGGUCUGCGGUGUGUGUGGGAACUUCAACGGCGAGGAAGAGGACGAGCUGAUGAUGCCCAGUGAUGAACUGGCCUGGAAUGACCGAGAGUUUGUGGAGAGUUGGAAAGAUACGGACAUCGACCCAGAUUGCCAAGGAGAUAACCAGCAGGAGAACCUGAGUGAGAACUGCAGAGCCGCUGACCUCCACAAGGCCCAGGAAAAAUGCGCGGCAGCCCUCAAGGCUCCGGCCUGGGCCCAGUGUGCCUCCCACAUGGUCCUCAAGCCCUUCCUGGUGGGCUGUGCCAACACACUCUGUGAGUUUGGAGGCCUAAACCGUGCCUUCUGCGAGGCUCUGCAAGCCUUUGGGUCCGCCUGCCAGAGUCAGGGGCUCAAGCCCCCACUCUGGAGAAACAGCAGCUUCUGCCCUCUGGAAUGCCCUGCUCACAGCAGCUAUACCAACUGCCUUCCCCCCUGCUCACCUUCCUGCUGGGACCUGGAUGGCCGGUGUGAGGGUGUCAAAGUCCCCUCCACCUGUGCGGAGGGCUGCAUUUGUCAGCCAGGCUAUGUGCUGAAUGAGGACAAGUGUGUGCCCAGAAGUCAGUGUAGCUGCAAAGAUGACCAGGGUGGCUUCAUCCCUCCAGGCAAGACCUGGAUAUCCAGUGGCUGCACAGACAGCUGUGUCUGCAUGGGAGGAGCCAUUGAGUGCCGGGCCUUCCGAUGCCCCUCUGGGUCCCACUGCCAGCCCAACUCCGACCACAGCAACAGCAACUGCAUACCUGACGAGUCGAAACAAUGCUCAGUCUUGGGGGACCCCCAUUACCACACGUUUGACCGCCUCAGCUACCGCUUCAUGGGCCGCAUGACCUACAUUCUGAUCACGACGGUAGACGUGCUCCCCGAGGGGGUGGAGCGCCUGCUCGUGGAGGGGCGCAACAAGAUGCACCAGCCCUGGAGCCGCAUCAUCCUGCAUGAAGUGAUUACGACCGUCUAUGGCUACAAAGUCCAGCUCCAAGCUGGCCUGCAGCUUGUGGUCAACGACCAGAAGAUGGCCAUCCCCUAUAGGCCCAAUGAGCGCCUGUGGGUCACCCUGCGGGGCCAACGGCUGUAUCUGGUCACCGACUUUGAGCUGGUCGUCAGCUUUGAUGGAAGGCGCAGCGCAGCGAUCUCCCUGCCCAGCACAUACCAGGGGCUCGUGCGUGGCCUGUGCGGGAACUAUGACAGGAACGGCAAGAACGAGCUGAUGCUGCCCAGCGGCGCCCUCACCCACAACCUUAACACCUUCGGCAACAGCUGGGAGGUGAAGACGGGGCACUCCCUCCUUCGCUUCCCCAGGGCCUUACCGGAAGAGGAGAGCGGGGCAGGAGGAGGAGCAGCGGCGGGCUUCCAUGUGGCAGCAUGCAGCCCAGAGCAGCUGGCGCUCGUCAACAGCACCCAGGCCUGUAGGGUGCUGGCGGACCCCCUGGGCCCCUUUGCUGCCUGUCACCGGACUGUGGCCCCAAAGCCCUUCCAGGAGCACUGUGUGCUUGAUCUGUGCUCUGCUGGGGACCCCAGGGAGCAAGAGGAGCUGCGCUGCCAGGUCCUCAGCACCUACGCCAUCCUCUGCCAGGAGGCAGGCGUGGCCCUGGCCGGUUGGCGGGACCACACCCGCUGUGCCUUGGCGUGUCCAGCCAAUACAGUGUAUCAGAGCUGUAUGACGCCCUGCCCAGCGUCCUGUGCCGACCUGGCGGACCCUGUGGACUGUGAGGGCCCUUGCGUGGAGGGCUGCACCAGCAUCCCAGGCUACAUCUACAGUGGCACUCAGAGCCUCCCUCUGGCCCACUGCGGCUGCACCAGCAAUGGCAUCUACUAUCAGCGGGGAGACAGCUUUGUGACCGAGGACUGCUCUCAGCGCUGCACCUGUGUCGGCGCCAGGACCUUGCUGUGCAAGCCCUUCAGCUGCAGUGCGGGGGAGACCUGCACCCUGGGGAACCUCACCCGGGGCUGCUUCCGAGAAAGCCCGUGUCUACGGAACCCCUGUCAGAAUGAUGGACGGUGUCAGGAGCGAGGAGCCAGCUUCACCUGCCAGUGUGAGCUUGGUUACGGGGGAGACCUCUGCACAGAGCCUCGGGAUUUGCCACUCCCCGAAAUGUCAGAAGCAUCCAGCUCUGUGGCCAUCCUAUUGGGAAUGCUGGUGCCUGUGGUGGCUGUAGUGCUGGCGGCCACCAGAGAGUGCGUUUACAGAGUGAGGAGGAGGUGGAGGGAGAAGAUUCGGAGCCAGAGCAGAGGCAGAGGGGCCAGAGCAGACACAGGUGAGAACCAGCCCACAGCCCGGAACCUUGGGAACCCAGAGGACUGA